AUGGGGGACCUUCUCCUCACGGAUAAGGAAGCCACCGGGCUGGUGAUCAAAGAUGCGGGUGCGGCAAGGAUCCAUCCAAGAUGGGCGGCGGUGGGCAAGGUGUGCUCGCCGCGCAAAUUGGUGAUCGGUGCUCUGGAGAGGGCCUUGCACCGGGCAUGGGGUCUUCACCACUCAGCGACGUUCAGGGAAAUUGGAGACAACAGGUUCGUGGUUAAAUUUUCGUCUGAGGGGGAUUAUAGGCAUGUGAUGAAGGGAGGACCAUGGCAGUUUGACUUUAAUGUUGUGCUGCUGAAGAAAUUUGAUGGAUCCAUUAGGCCUUCGGACAUGGUAUUUGAUGAGUUGGAGAUGUGGGCACAUGUUCUUGAUCUGCCCAUGGAUAUGAUGAAUAGAGCUUAUGGUGAACUUAUUGGAGAUUGGAUUGGGAAGUUCAUUAGUGUGGAGACGGAUGAGGACGGUGUGGCGUGGGGAAAGGAUCUUCGUAUCCGGGUGGCGGUGAAAGUUGAUCAACCGCUGCCGAGAGGUGUUUGUCUCAGGCAAGACAAUGAAGAGGGGGAAGGCACGUGGUUUGAUCUAAAGUAUGAAAAGGUGCCGCACUUCUGCUUCGACUGUGGGCGGCUGGUGCACCCCGAGGGUAUCUGUAAGGCAGAGAAGGAAGAAGUUCAGCAAUGGGGAGGGUGGUUGAGAGCUUCGCCAAGGCGUAAUCAAAGACCCCCACCUGUGGCUCGACCGUUGGUCUCAUCGAGCAGCUACACCAGCAGAUCGGUGGGAACAGAGAACAGGUACAGGGGUGAAGCGACUGUAAGGGAUGUGCCUCCAAGAAGGAACCUGUUUAAUGACUAUUCCUUCUCUAGCUCCUCUCGCACUGGCGACAGGGUGGUCAGAUCGGAUGAAGGGGAAAAUAAUAGCCCGAGAAGGAGGCAGAAAGCGCCGGUGAGGGAUCAAGCUGCUGUGAGAGAGCCACUGGGCUCCAAACAGCGGAAGAAUCAGGUAGGCACUUAUGUUAGGCGGCCUAGAAAGACUGAUGUUCUGUCUAAGGCGGGAGGGCCUCAGGUGGCUACCGGCGUGCACCAGACCAAGAAAAGAAGCUCCAAGACGGUGUGGAUGCCGGUGCCGGUACAGGUGGUCGGAGAGGAGGCGUCGGGCUCAGCUGGCAAAAGGCAGAGGGUUAACUCUGUGUUUGAUCGUCUCAAUGGGCAAGAAGAGGAGGGACAAAGGAGUGGCUCGGUGUUUGAACGACUAGAAGACCCAGCGGCGGACCCUGCAGUGCAGGGCCGCCGAGAACAAUGA